AUGUUGAAAUAUUUCAUACUGAAAUCCCUUGUAUUAUGGUUUUAUGUGAGCCUUGUUGGUGGACUUAGAGUAAAAAACGUCACUUCUACUAUCGAAAGGCAUAUUCGGUCUAUCACUUUUCCAAACGGAAGUGGAAUGGGGAUUUUCUUUGCUGUUGGAAUUCCUUUGGAUCUGCCAGGAAAGUCAGUAUCAAUGGCAUAUUACUUUGAAGCUAAUUAUCAACUUCCAGAUAAAAAUUCGACAUAUUUCAAUGAAUACAAUGAAUAUUUCCAAAAAAAAAGCUUCAGUAGAACAGUUGCUUAUAAAAUAAUAGAAAAUAAACUAGAAAGAGCUGGCUAUUCAGGUCGAAAAUGCUUGUUACGAACAAUAUGUGAAGCUGCAUCAACUCCUAUCACCGGAAAUGGAUUGAUUGGAGAUAUUAUCCAUAUACUCUUUACACCAUCCAGUUCGGAAAAUGAAAAUUUAUCCAAGGAAAUAAUUGAAGCUGAAUAUGAAAAAAAUUGUUCUCUAAAAUACAACUGUACGAUAAAUUUUUUAGAUUUAAUAAGCCAUUAUGUUUCAUAA